AUGGUCUUCACACUCGGUUCUCCUGAAAUGGUCAAUCGCUCCAAUAAGUCCAGUGAGGACGUGAAGGAAGUUUCUGAUGAUAUUGAGCAACCGAAGGAUGUUAAGGAUGAUGAUCGUGAAUCCCAUCAUGCCGCACUACUCGUAGCGGACCCAGCAGACUUCGACGACGAUGUCUUCAGUGAUGAAUCGAGUUGUGCCAUUGGACAAAACAAAUGUGGGCCAGGGAUUCGUAGCACUUGUUGGAGUGAGAUCCCAUGUCUUUGUGACAUGGAUUGCCAACAACUCCCGGAGACUGGAACCAAUUGUCACAAGAUGAGGAACUCCAAUCCUGUCAAAACGGGAAAAUUCGCUGAUAGCACUGAAAUAAGUGGUACUAUCGCUAGAAGCAAGAAGAUCUUGAGAGACAUCGGAACACCGUACUCAGCAAAAUCAGCGGUGGAGAGAAGAUCGAAGAACAAGCUCUUCAAGCUCGAACUCCCCAAAGCGAUUGAUAUUUAUCAUCGUAGACUUCGCGAUCGAAUCUGUCGCAAGAGGGAGCCACAGUUUCAUGUCACUCAACAAGAAGAAAUGAUGCGUGUCUUCGAAAUGGAAAUGGAAGAAUUGGAAGAAAAUGAUGAAGUCUUCGAAGGAUGGUCACUACCUUCUUCACCAGUGUACCUUGAGCAUUGA